GUUGUUGUUGUUGUAACAACAAACUAUCAGUCAAAAAAGCUCAAUCGAACUUUAGCUAAAGCAAUAAUAUACAUAAAAUAAGAUUUUCAAAGAAUUCUCUACGAUAAUAGGUUUAAGAAAUCAAAUAGUACUUAGUAUUACAUAAUGGAGAAGUUUAGCGACGAUACUAUGUGCAGAAUUUGUUUUAAAAAACAAGAUUCAGUGUUUUCAUUAUUUCGCAAACGGAAAGGCAUUUCUCCGUUCGAGAAACUGAUAAAAAUUGGUCUGAAAGCUGCUACAAACGAUACUGGUCCUACCUGCAUCUGUUGUGAUUGUCUGACAGAGUUAGAAACUACUGUUAACUUCUUGGAAAAAUGUCAGAAGUCUAACCAGGUACUGGCAGAGUAUUUAAAUGUCAAUGUAAACAAAGUAGAAGAGAAUAAGGUUGAUAACUUUGAGAACAGAGUGAUAGAUGGGACAGACGAGUGUGUGGAGUCUAGUGGUGGUGACGAGCUGCUUAGUGUCGAGGUAUCAGGGCUGGAGGAGCCUCAUUGUGAGGAGUGUGGGUCCCGCAGGCGCUGCCGGCACUGGGCGCCGCCGGCGACACACACAUGCCCUCACUGUCAGAAGGUGUUCACCAGAAAGUUUAAUUUCAAGCUACAUCUUGCUCGUCACAGCGGGUCGCGUGAGUUUUGGUGCUCGUCGUGCGGGGCGGGCGCGGCGUCGCGCUGGCUGGCGGCGCGCCACUGCCGGCCGCGCGCGCGCCGCGCCUGCCCGCUGCCGGGCUGCGGCAAGACAUACUCCUCCGCCACCAACCUAGCCGUGCAUCUCAGAGCACAUAGCGGUGAGAGACCGUUCGAAUGCAACGAUUGCGGGAAGAAGUUCUCGAGUAAGAACACGUUGCAGAACCACAUCAGGAUACACACGGGUGCGUUGCCGUACAUCUGUGCGAUAUGCGGCGCGCAGUUCCGCACCAACAAGCUCGCCGCGCACAUGGCGCGACACGCGGGCGCCCGCCCCCCCCGCCCCGCCCGCGCCCCGCCGCGACACCCCGCCGCCCCCGCGCCGCACGCCUGCGCCGCCUGCCCCGCCAGAUACCACCACAAGCAGUCCCUCAGGAAACACGUCAGGAAGCACCACGCUGUGGUAUGUACACACAGCAAAAUCACCAGCCAGGCAGGCAAGUGGCUCCACCCAACGCGGCGCGGUCAUAUUGAGAGAAACAUACAUGUUAGUGUGCAUAAAGCAAAACGUGCAAUUGUGCAAUUGUGGGUUCAUCGAUAUGCCGAUACGGGAAACAUUGAUCCUCGCCGACCGGGACCGAAGGCUGGAUUUGCAUACACAGAAGCCAAUGCGCGGCACCGUGAUAUAGUUUCUGCGCAUAUGGCUGAGCCUUUCCUCAGCACUCGUUCCACGGCGACUAAACAUGAUGUGACACUACAAACUAUAAGGAACCACUUGCAUGCAGCUGGCGUGAAAUGUCGUAGGCCAGCUAAGAAAAUUUUACUAUCCGACAUUCACAAACAAAACCAGGUAUAGUUACCGGCACCUUGUUUCUUGUCUUAGAAUAGUUUUGUCAUACAUAAAACUUUUUAAUUUGUGAUUAUAAUAUGAAUAAACCUAGUCAAUAAAUAUUGUUGCUGUCU